AUGUCUCCUAGACCGCCAACAUGUCUUCAUCCCUUGAUUGCUCGUCUACCCCCUCAAAUUCGCUUCCUGCCCUACCCCGCAGUUAGGAUCAUAUCCAUUUUGAUUUUCAUCAAUAUCAUUAUUUGGGUGGCAGUGGCUAUUGUUUUACGUUCCCAUCCACUUCUAUCUUCAUCUGCUGUACUUUCAUAUACAUUUGGUUUGAGACAUGCUCUUGAUGCCGACCACAUAUCCGCCAUCGAUCUGAUGACCCGUCGUCUCAUCGCUUCCGGCUCUCCUCAUACAUCUCAGCCAGUGACAGUUGGUACUUGGUUCUCGCUAGGCCACUCCACUAUCGUAAUUAUAACCUGUAUCGUCGUUGCAGCCACUUCUGGCGCUCUUGAGUCACGCUUCAAUACUUUUAGUAAUAUAGGUGGAAUCAUCGGCACCGGUGUAUCUGCUGGUGUACUCAUUAUACUUGGAAUUGGAAAUGCAUGGAUUUUAUGGAAAUUGGUGGUUAAAUUACGAGCAGUUCUGAGGGAAGAAGUUGAUGGAGAUGGAGGUGAGACGGGAUUGGGUUUUGAUGGCGGAGGAAUUAUGAUGAGAGUUCUUCGAAGAGUUUUCAAAGUAAUUGAUCGUCCAUGGAAAAUGUACCCUCUGGGAGUAUUGUUCGGACUGGGUUUUGAUACCAGUAGUGAGAUUGCAGUUCUGGGAAUUGCAUCUGUUGAGGGUGCUAAAGGAACCAAUAUUUGGCUGAUAUUGAUAUUUCCUGUUUUGUUUACUGCUGGCAUGUGUCUAAUCGACACCACCGACGGCGCACUAAUGAUGACGCUCUACACAUCCACAUCUCUCGCCCGCGACACAAUAGCUAUUCUCUACUACUCAAUUGUCCUAACAGGUAUUACAGUCCUCGUGGCUAUUUGUAUUGGAGUCAUCCAAUUACUCUCCUUAAUAGCGAAUUUCUCAACAGGACCUUUCUGGGAUGGAGUUAAUGCUGCAGGUGAUCACUUCGAUGUUAUUGGGGGAGGUAUCUGUGGAGCUUUUGUAGUUUUUGGAGGCGCAAGUGUAUUACUCUAUGGGCCAUGGAGAAGAUGGGUUGAGCAGGGGAGAGUUGGAAGAAGAGAUGUAGGAAAUGGAGAGACAGAGGUGGAAUUGGGAGAUUUGAGUAAGGAGGUUGAAACAAGAGUUGGAGAUGAGAAGGAUGUUGCGAGAAUCACAGAUAAAGCUGUUGAGGUAAAGUAG